AGUCAGUUAGUACAGUCUAUUUACUAGCUAGUAAUUUAUUUAACGAUAAUUUUGCGCUGUUUGUGAAAGAGUAUAACAAUGUCGGAUAGUGAUGGAAGUGCAAGUGAGUUUUCUGAUGAUGAAGAUGAAGGAGAUUAUAAUCAAAAUAGACGAACCAAUCAAUUUAAUGACAGUGAAGCUGAGGAAGCGGGUGAAAAUGAAGUGAGUGAUGAUGAACCAGGAUCAGAACCAGGAAGUGAUGAAGCUGAAAGUCUCGAUGAUAAAGAUGAAAGUAGAGGAAGAGAGGAUGAAUAUGAUGAAGAAGAAGAGGAAGAAGAACGACCUUCAAAACGUCCUCGACAUGGAGGCUUUAUUAUUGACGAAGCUGAUGUUGACGAAGGAGACGAGGACGAGGAAGAAUGGGAGGAAGGAGCUGAAGAUAUUCUGGAUAGAGAUGAGGAGCAAGAAGCAUCCAAUGCAGAAAAUUUGCAAGAAACCAUGGAAAAUGAAAUGUCUGGGGCAAGAAGACUUCAGAACUUUCUCAGUAAUGAAGGGGCAGAAGAGCUUGGUGAAUAUUACAUGAGGAAAUAUGCAAGUGGAAGCAGUAGAAAAGCAGGUUAUGGAGGAGAAUAUGAAAUGCCUGAUGAAAUCAGUCAACAACAGUUACUGCCUGAUGUCAAAGAUCCAAACUUAUGGACGGUCAAAUGUAAGAUCGGAGAAGAAAAAGCUACAGUACUUCAACUGAUGAGAAAAUUUGUGGCAAUGCAAUACGGGGAAACACCUUUGCAGAUCAAGUCCGUGGUAGCACCUGAGGGUCUGAAGGGUUAUAUUUACAUUGAAUCAUUCAAGCAAACUCAUGUAAAACAAGCAAUUGAAGGAAUUGGAAACUUGAGACUUGGAUAUUAUAAACAACAGAUGGUUCCUACAAAAGAAAUGCCUGAUGUUAUGAAAGUUUUGAAAGAAGUUACAAAUUUAAAACCUAAAAUGUGGGUUCGAUUAAAAAAGGGAAUUUUCAAGGAUGAUUUAGCGCAGGUUGAUUAUGUUGAGCCAAGUCAGAAUCAAGUUUCAUUGAAGUUAAUUCCUCGCAUUGAUUACACAAGAUUACGAGGUGUUUAUCGAGGUACAGAUUCUGAAAAUAGAGAAAAAAGAAAAUUAUACAAGAAACCUCCACAAAAGUUGUUUGAUGUUGAUGCUGUUAGGGCCAUUGGUGGUGAAGUGACAACAGAUGCUGAUUUUCUAAUAUUUGAAGGAAAUAGGUUCAGCAGAAAAGGUUUUCUAUACAAGAACUUCUCCUUGUCUGCAAUUACAGUAGAUGGAGUCAGACCAACAUUGUCAGAACUUGAGAAAUUUGAGGAACAACCUGAAGGUGUUGAUAUUGAAUUGGUGGCUGAAAGUACAACUAAAGCUGAGAAAGAACAUAGUUUUGCCCCUGGUGAUAAUGUGGAAGUUUGCGAAGGAGAACUCAUCAAUCUACAAGGAAGAGUUAUCAGUGUAAAAGGAAAUAAAAUAACAAUUAUGCCCAAGCAUGAAGAUCUAAAUGAUCCUCUAGAAUUUCCAGUUCACGAAUUGAGAAAACAUUUCCAAAUGGGAGAUCAUGUUAAAGUUAUUGCAGGAAGAUAUGAUGGAGAUACAGGUUUAAUAGUGAGAGUUGAAGAACGUAUGGUUGUUCUAUUCUCUGAUCUAACAAUGCAUGAAAUGAAAGUAUUGCCGAGAGAUUUGCAGUUGUGUGCUGAUGUUAGUUCUGGUGUAGACUCUGUAGGAAAGUUCCAAUUUGGUGAUCUGGUCAUGAUUGAUAAUCAGACAGUUGGGGUGAUUGUCAGAUUGGAGAGAGAAAAUUUUCAAGUUUUGUCAAUGCAUGGUAAACUCAAACAGAUGAAACAUCAGGCAGUAACGAGACGACGUGACACAAGAAAUGCUGUUGCUCUCGACGCAGAACAAAACAGCAUACAAGUUAAAGAUAUUGUCAAAGUUAUUGAUGGUGCACACUCGGGCAGAGAAGGUGAAAUCAAGCAUUUGUACCGGGGAUAUGCAUUUCUUAUGUCAAAGAAAAUGAUUGAAAAUGGUGGAAUAUUUGUUGUAAGAACAAGGCAAUGUGUUCUGGCUGGUGGAUCAAGGCCAAGUGCGAUGGGAAUUGGUAUAUUUGCACCACAAAGUCCAAGAAUAAGCAGUCCUGCUAGAAACGAUUCAGGAGGAGGAGGGGGUGGGAAUUUUGGUGGUGGAGGAGGACGCGGCAGAGGAAGAGGACAAAGAGAUACAAGCAUUAUUGGUCAAACAGUACGAGUGCGACAAGGACCCUAUAAAGGACAUAUCGGUGUCGUUAAAGAUGCCACUGAAUCUACUGCCAGGAUUGAAUUACAUUCCAGUUGCCAAACUAUAUCUGUUGACAGAAGCAGACUUUCAACAAUGGAUAAAAGAGCAGGAGCUGGAGGACGAAGCACUGCGUACCAGAGAACUCCAAUGCAGGGAUCACAAACUCCAAUGUAUGGAACUGCUGGAUCUCGUACUCCUAUGUAUGGAUCACAAACUCCACUUCAUGAUGGGAGCAGAACGCCUCAUUAUGGCGCUCAAACACCACAACAUGAUGGCAGUAGAACUCCACGAGAGUCUGGAAGUGCCUGGGAUCCUACAAAUGCAAACACUCCUGCUCGUACUUCUGAAUUUGACUAUGAUUAUGAAUCUGCUUCUCCUGCGCCAUUUGGAGGGGCGACACCCAACCCACAAACCCCAGGCUAUGCAUCAGAUGUUCCCUCGCCUCAAGCUCCAUACUCUAACCCCCCACAAACCCCGGGAAGUUACGCGGGUGAUAGGACAUACUCACCAUAUGGAGCUCCGUCACCAUCUCCCCAAGCUUAUCAAGCUACUCCAAGUCCAGCAGGUUCAGGGUAUCAGCCAACAAGUCCAGGAUACAAUUCAUCCGGAAGUUCUUAUCAACCAAGUCCAUCUCCACAAGGAUAUCAGCCUUCCCCAGGAGGUUCAAGUUAUCAAACACCAUCUCCAGGAAAUUUCCAGGCUACGCCGUCACCACUCGGUUACCAGCCAACUCCAAGUCCCGCUGAUUACACGAGUCCGUUGACACCUGGAGGUGGUUACUCAACACCCGGAUCAGUUGGGUCUGCUUUGGAUCAUGCAAUAAAUACAGACUGGCAAACUGUGGACAUUGUUGUCAUGGUAAAAGAUAGUCAUGAUGAAGGCCAACUCGUUGGAAAACUGGGCGUCGUCAGGAGUAUAACAGGUGGAAUGUGCAAUGCAUACAUUCCAGAGAUUGAUCGAACUAUCAGUGUUGCAGGAGGAAAUUUGGAACCAGUUGUCCCUGGGAAAAAUGAUAAGGUUAAAGUUAUUCUGGGAGAAGACAGAGAAAUGACUGGAGAGUUGAUAAGUAUUGAUGACAAGGAUGGAAUUGUACGGAUGGAUGUUGACAAACAGUUGAAGAUUCUUCAACUUCGUUUUCUUGGCAAAAUCGCCACGACAAAGGAAGGUGGCGGAAAAGGAGACGACGUGGAUUCAGACGAUGAUGAUGAAGACUGAGGAUAACUAAUGACAAAAAAAAUACUUUGUCAAAGAGAGAUCAGCUUAUCAGGUUGCUGGAAGCAAAUGCGAACAUUGGACAUCAUUCCUUAAUAUAUGAUUAACUUGGUUUAUUCAAAAUUAUUUCUGAGCUACGUUUGACAACUGUUGCGUUGUUGCAUGUCCAAUUACUUAAUAUUGGAACCAAUUUGAUUAGAUACAAAUACUUGUUUGUUGAAAGUGUGGUGUCUGGGAGAUGUUCCCCAUUUUGGACACGGUCUGAAUUUGGAGCUUUGCAGCAGACAUAACUCUUGGCAUUACAGCAGGUGUUGCGAAAGCCUCUUGUACAUUGCUUUGUUUAGGUUUGUUAUGUCAAUAAAAGUAAAUCUUGGAA